AUGGCUUUGCUAACCUCAAAACAAGCUGCGCAAGCAUUUUCAAGCUUUCUCUUAGCUUGUUUGCUAGCUUUUACAGUUCAAGUUUUUCUCUUCUCUCCAAUAUCUCCUGACUCACUUAAACUUCCUUCAACAACAUCUUUGGCUUCCAUUUUUCCUCCAAAUAACAAACUACAGGAAGUAAGUAAACUUGGAGAAGGGUUUCUUGAGAGACCGGAAGAUGUUGCUGUGGAUAAAGAAGGCAUAAUUUAUACAGCUACAAGAGAUGGUUGGAUAAAAAGAAUGCACAAAAAUGGCUCCUGGGAAAACUGGAAGAUGUUAGGUGGUCAUACUCUUCUGGGAAUUACUACAACAAAAGAAGGUGAUCUUCUUGUAUGUGAUACAGAAAAGGGUUUGCUUAAGGUUGGUGAAAAUGGCGUAUUAGUAGUCACUUCACAUGUUAACGGGUCCAAAAUAAGAUUUGCAGAUGAUGUGAUCGAAGCAUCCGACGGUAGUGUGUAUUUCAGUGUUGCAUCAACCAAGUUUGGACUCCAUAACUGGUAUCUAGAUGUGCUUGAGGCAAAACCACAUGGGCAAUUGCUCAAGUACGAUCCAUCAUCAAAGGAAACUUCAGUUAUACUUGAUGAUUUGGGGUUUGCUAAUGGUGUUGCUCUCUCAAAGGACCAAGAUUAUCUGGUGGUCUGUGAAUCAUGGAAAUUCAGGUGCCUUAAGUACUGGCUCAAGGGAGAGAACAAAGGAAAAACUGAUAUUUUCAUUGAAAACCUUCCUGGUGGACCUGACAACAUCAAUCUUGCCCCAGACGGGUCUUUUUGGAUCGCUUUAAUUCAGGCUAGUAAUGAAGGGCUGGAGUUUGUCCACAAGUUUAAGGCACUGAAGAAAUUCAUAGCAACGUUUCCAAAACUAGUAGAGCUAGUGAAUGGCGCGGAGGGGAAAGCGACGGUGGUGAAUGUGGCUGCUGAUGGAAAGAUUAGGAAGAAAUUUGAUGAUUUAGAAGGAAAGGUGAUGAGGUUUGUUACAACAGCUAUUGAGUUUGAGGAUCAUCUUUACUUGGGAAGCCUCAGUUCCAACUUCAUUGGGAAGUUUCCACUCAAAACUGCUUAGUGUGGAUUUUGCUGUAUGAAAUUAAAUGGAGACCACUAGGAGUCUAAAAAGACACACCAUGUAAUAUUGAUGGAGAAGGAGACUAUGUACUGAAUUGGGGCUUGUGGCUCGUUUGGCAUGUAAAACUGUAUUAGAUUGGACUGAAUUUUUGGUUAAGAUUGCAUUAUAUUAUCUUAAUAUUAUAUUGUAUGUGGUGCA